AUGGCCUCAAUGCAACAUUUUACAGUCCGCCAUGACCAACACCCGAUGACGAGGUGGAUGGAGGGAUUGCGUGAUCUGGGCAACCAAACUUUGCGGUUGAUUAACCCGGUGAUUACAACUUUCAUGGCCGGUUUUGGGGUUUCGGUGAUUUGCGCAUCUCAAAAGUUCCGAUACAUCGACCCAUGGUUGCAAGCGCCGAUAAUAUUUGCACUCACGUUGUAUGUGGCCUUCACGGCCGUCAUAACCUUUGGGACAUGGUCCAGCGAUCGAGUGUUCUACACGGCAAGAAGACCAAACGGUGUGAUCAAAGCUUUUAUAAGCAUUGUCUCCGUCGCUUUCCUUCUUUGGAUCUACGGUGUAACGAUCUUUGCCGGUGACUACGCAUUCACUCUCGGCGUGGGGACGCUAACGGUUCAAGUACACUAUCUUAUUAGGAUACAAGGCUACAACAUCAGGUCAAGCAACUUCAUCAUUGCGUUGCUUAUACUAGCGGGAAUGACGUUGAUACACGAAGGCAUGAAGAUUUGGCUGACCAGAUAUGUAGCCUUAAUGGCUUUGGCUACAGCAACUCUAAUUUAUGUUUGUAGAUGA